GUAGUCUCGGACACGUCAGAAGUUCUUGAAUUUCUGGAAAUUAGACAAAAACACAAAACCUGACUUCGUGUUAAAUAUUUGCACAAUUGUUUGUAAAUUUCAUAGCAAAAAAUAAAUUCGGUAUAAAUAUUGCACAAUUAAAGUAAACAUUACAACGAAACGAUAUAAGUCGAUAUGAAAACAACCAUAACAAUACUCCUUAUUGGGAGUUGUAUACUAUUAAGUUAUGCACUACCAGUAACCAAAACAAAAAAAGACGAGAAAAAAGAAGAAACAAGUACUCCCGAAUCGCCCGAUGUUGAGACAGCUUUGGAAUAUGAACGUUAUUUAAAAGAGGUCGUUGAAGCGUUGGAAAGUGAUCCAGAAUUUCGUAAGAAAUUAGACAAAGCUCCAGAGGCUGAUAUACGCAGUGGUAAAAUUGCCCAAGAAUUAGACUAUGUGAAUCACCAUGUACGCACAAAAUUGGAUGAAAUCAAACGCCGCGAAUUGGAACGUUUACGUACUUUAGCGAAAAAGGAGUACGAAUUGGAAAAUGAAAUCGAUCGUGAACACUUGAAAAUCAACCAGCAUUUGGAUCAUGCUAAUGAACAUACUUUCGAAAUUGAAGAUUUAAAGAAAUUAAUUAAGAAAACUGCGGAGGAUUUGGCCGAAGCCGAUCGUAAGAGACAGGCCGAGUUUAAAGAGUACGAAAUGCAAAAAGAAUUUGAGAAAGAAAUGAUUAAGAAGGAAUUAGACGAAGAACAACGUAAGAAAUUCGAAGAAGAACAAAAAGCAUUACAGGAAAAACACAAGAAACACGAGAAAGUACAUCACCCUGGAAAUAAAGCGCAAUUGGAAGAGGUUUGGGAGAAACAGGAUCAUAUGGAUAAGCAAGAUUUUGAUCCCCAUACAUUCUUUAUGAUUCAUGAUGUCGAUGGCAAUGGCUUUUGGGAUGAAACCGAAGUUAAAGCGCUGUUUGUUAAAGAAUUGGAUAAAGUAUACCAGUCUGGAUUACCAGAAGAUGAUAUGCGAGAACGCGCUGAAGAAAUGGAGCGUAUGCGUGAACACGUGUUCCAAGAAACUGAUACCAAUCGUGAUGGUUUAAUUAGUUUCCAAGAAUUUUUGGAACAAACAAAACGCGAAGAAUAUAAUAGAGAUCCAGAAUGGCAGACUAUUGAUGAACAACCUCAAUAUACACACGAGGAAUAUUUAGAAUUCGAACGUAGAAGAAAGGAGGAAAUUGAUAGAAUGAUUGCACAAGGAUUGCUUCCUCCACAUCCAAAUAUGCCACAGGGCUAUUAUGCACAUGAUCCAAAUACGGCAUAUCAAACUGGACAACAACAACAUCCUUCCGGUUAUCAGCAGCAACCACAAAUGCAUUAUCAAGAUCCUCAACAGCAACACAUGCAACAACAACAGCAGUAUCAUCAGCAACAACAACAAUACCAGCAGCAUCAAUAUCAACAACAACAGCAGCAACAAUAUCAACAACAGCAACAACAAUUCCAAGGACAACCUGUUCAAUUAAAUCAAAAUCAAGUAUAUCAGCAAAUACCAGCUCAACAACAGCAACAAUACCAGCAGCAACCACAACCCGUUGUAAAUAAUUUGCCACCUCAGCAACAACAGCAACCUAUUGUUAAUAACUUACCCCCACAACAACAACAACCUGUUGCAAGUAAUUCACCCACUCAGCAACAACCUGUUGUUAACAAUCCAGCACCCCAACAACAGCAGCCUGUAGCUAAUAACAACAUUCCACAACAACAACAACAGCAGCAGCCAAUUAAUAAUGCUUUACCCCAACAACCAAUAAAUAAUGUGCAACAACAGGCAAACAACAUUCCCCAAAAGCAUUGAAAUCAUUCAAGCAUAACUUCUUCAAUGAAUUCAUAACUUGAACACAAAUUGUCUAAAGAAAUUUCAUUCAUCUUGCAUUCAUAUGAACUGUUUACUUACUCCAAAUAUUGACAUUUUCUAAUAAUAAGUUGUGAUUUUUUCAAGCUAAACUAAAAACAUACGUAUACAUUUCAUUUGUCAUCUCAAAAUUGUAAUAUCUGCAUUUGUUUUUUUAUAUAUAUUUCAAUAACCUCUUUUCUCGUAUACAUAUGUACAUGCAAUUUAUUUUAACAAUUUUAAAGUUAUAUCAUAUAUUUUUAUACAUAUAUGUAUAU